AUGGAGCCGCGGCCACUUCUCCUGCUCCUCGGACUCUGCUCAGCUGGCCUCGUCCUGGGCUCCAAACAUGAGACCCGUCUGGUGGCAAAGCUCUUUGAAGGCUACAACAGUGUGGUACGGCCCGUGGAAGACCACCGCAAUGUCGUGGAGGUCACGGUGGGCCUGCAGCUGAUACAGCUCAUCAACGUGGAUGAAGUAAAUCAGAUCGUGACAACCAAUGUUCGUCUGAAACAGCAAUGGGUGGAUUACAACUUAAAAUGGAAUCCAGAUGACUAUGGUGGCGUGAAAAAAAUUCACAUUCCCUCAGAAAAGAUCUGGCGUCCAGACAUCGUUCUGUAUAACAAUGCGGACGGUGACUUUGCCAUCGUCAAGUUCACCAAAGUGCUCCUGGACCACACUGGCCACAUCACGUGGACGCCUCCCGCCAUCUUUAAGAGCUACUGCGAGAUCAUCGUCACCCACUUUCCCUUUGAUGAACAGAACUGCAGCAUGAAGCUGGGCACGUGGACCUACGACGGCUCCGUGGUGGCCAUCAACCCGGAAAGCGACCAGCCAGACCUGAGCAACUUCAUGGAGAGUGGAGAAUGGGUGAUCAAGGAGUCCCGGGGCUGGAAGCACUGGGUGUUCUACGCCUGCUGCCCCUCCACCCCCUACCUGGACAUCACCUACCACUUUGUCAUGCAGCGCCUGCCUCUCUACUUUAUCGUCAACGUCAUCAUCCCCUGCCUGCUCUUCUCCUUCUUAACCGGCCUGGUGUUCUACCUGCCCACGGACUCAGGAGAGAAGAUGACCCUCAGCAUCUCUGUCUUGCUGUCCUUGACUGUGUUCCUUCUGGUCAUUGUGGAGCUGAUCCCUUCCACCUCCAGCGCCGUGCCCUUGAUUGGGAAGUACAUGUUGUUUACCAUGGUGUUUGUCAUCGCAUCCAUCAUCAUCACCGUCAUCAUCAUCAACACGCACCACCGCUCCCCCAGCACCCACGUCAUGCCCGAGUGGGUGCGGAAGGUUUUUAUCGACACUAUCCCAAAUAUCAUGUUCUUCUCCACGAUGAAAAGACCAUCCAGAGAAAAACAAGACAAAAAGAUUUUUACGGAAGACAUUGAUAUUUCUGACAUUUCUGGGAAGCCAGGGCCUCCACCAAUGGGUUUCCACUCUCCCCUGAUCAAACACCCAGAGGUGAAAAGUGCCAUUGAGGGCAUCAAAUACAUCGCAGAGACCAUGAAGUCGGACCAGGAGUCCAAUAACGCGGCUGAGGAAUGGAAGUAUGUUGCGAUGGUGAUGGACCACAUUCUCCUGGCAGUCUUCAUGCUCGUCUGCAUCAUCGGAACCCUGGCUGUGUUUGCAGGUCGGCUCAUUGAAUUAAAUCAGCAAGGAUGA